AAUACAAGGAGCUGUUGAAUGCAGAUGAUGCAUCUCUGGAAAUUUCUGUAAGAGUCACAAACCAUAUGUCUAUGGCAAUCUGCUUCUCCAAAGGACUACCUAAGGAAGCCAGUAUGCUAUGGUGAUUAAGGUGCACUGAGCCUCUUGUCUGCCUAGCAUGACUGUUACAUAUACAGCUCGGGUGGCCAAUGCCCGCUUUGGAGGCUUCUACAAGCUGCUGAGCCUGUGGCGUGGGAGCAUCUAUAAGCUGCUGUACAAGGAGUUCCUGGUCUUCUCGGUUUCCUAUCUGGGACUAAGCCUUACAUAUCGGUAUUUCUUAAAAGAAGAUCAGAAACGGGUCUUCGAAAAGGUGGUCAUUUAUUGCAACAAGUAUGCCAAUCUCAUCCCUAUCUCCUUUGUUUUGGGCUUCUAUGUAACGCUGGUAGUAAACCGCUGGUGGAGCCAGUACACCAGCAUGCCAAUGCCAGAUCGCUUGAUGUGUGCCAUCUCUGGAAAUGUCCAUGGUGUAGAUGAGAAGGGACGGCUUUACCGACGGACACUCAUGCGCUAUUGCAGUCUGUCAGCAGUCUUGAUCUUGCGCUCAGUCAGCAUUGCUGUAUUCAAGCGCUUUCCCACCAUGGAUCAUGUGGUGGAAGCAGGAUUCAUGACUCGUGAAGAACGCAAGAAAUUUGAAAAUCUCAACUCUUCCUACAAUCGAUACUGGGUCCCUUGCAUUUGGUUUACCAACUUAGCUGCACAGGCACGUAAAGAAGGCCGCAUACGUGACAACUGUGCUCUCAAGUUGCUCAUGGAGGAACUGAAUCACUUUCGUGGCAACUGCAGCAUGCUUUACCACUAUGACUGGAUCAGUGUACCAUUAGUAUACACUCAGGUGGUUACCAUUGCUGUAUAUAGCUUCUUCGUUUCUUGUCUAAUUGGAAGGCAGUUCCUCGAUCCAGCCCAAAAAUAUGAAGGACAUGAUCUAGACCUGUGGAUUCCUGUUUUCACCCUGCUUCAGUUUUUCUUCUACUUUGGAUGGCUCAAGGUGGCUGAGCAACUCAUCAACCCUUUUGGAGAGGAUGAUGAUGAUUUUGAAACCAAUUUAUUGAUCGACAGGAACUUCCAGGUUUCCAUGAUGGCUGUGGAUGAAAUGUAUGGGGAUCUGCCUCUCCUGGAGAAGGAUAGAUAUUGGGAUGCCUCAAACCCACGAGCCCCCUAUACGGCAGCUACAGUUUUUCUGUUGCAACAGCCAUCAUUCCAAGGCUCCACUUUUGAUGUGACACUGGCCAAAGAGGAUAUGCAGUUCCAGCCUCUGGAGGAGAUUGCUGAGGGCCUUGAACAGAGCCGCCAUGUGCCUGCCCACCUCUUGAACCGACUGCUCUCUACCGCUCCUACCUCAGGAGGUUUUGGACGCCGUCUCUCUCUGCUGAAGCGCAAGAACAGCUGUGUUUCAGAACCAUCAACCACCUACAGCUGCCUUUGUCAGGAUACGCAGGCCAUUGGCUGCACGUGUACCCCAUCUGCCAGCCAGCAGAUGCGCAGUAACAGCAUUCCUUUCAUCCCUGAAGGAGACUCUGGCCACGAUACCAGCAGCCCAGGAAAGGAAGCAUACAGCGUUCUUCCUGAGUCUCACGUUGUUGAGCUGGGUGAACUUCCUCAGAACGUUUUGGGCCAGGAGAAUGAUACAGCUGCCCCCUAUGAUCCAGAGCCCCUUGUGGAUACAUCAGUUAAUACAAAUGUUUUGUCCUGGCCACUCCUAGAACAUGACUCUUCAGAUACUUCCUUCCUUCACAACCCAAAGGAAGUGCCCAGCAAGGGGAGCAGCUAUCCUCCAUGGCUGCAGAGCCCCAUUGAGGAAGAAAAUACAGCAUGA